GGGAAAUCCGCCAGCGCCCUCCUCCGGGAAGCCCUCCGGGCGCCGCGGGGCGAGGUCGGGGUGCCCCGGCGGGAGGUCGGAGGGGGCCGCCGGCCGGUGGUCACUCUCCAGGGGAGGAGACGGCCGGCUGGUGGUCAUUCCGCGGGCAUGAGGGUCCCAAGCGGAGUUGCAGCGCUGGCCGGCUGUCCGCGAGGGAGGCCUAAAUCAGAGAUGCGAGCUGGGAGGACGAGCGGAUGCGAGGCGUGGCCUGGGAUGGGCUCCGGGGAGCAGGCAAGUCUAUAUGGACUACAAUGCAACCACCCCCCUGGAGCCGGAGGUCAUCCAGGCCAUGACUGAGGCCAUGCGGGAAGCCUGGGGAAACCCCAGCAGUCCUUACCCCGCAGGUAGGAAGGCCAAGGAUAUCAUCAACGCAGCUCGGAAAAACCUUGCGAAGAUGAUAGGCGGCAAACCUCAGGACAUAAUCUUCACUUCCGGGGGCACCGAGUCAAAUAACUUAGUAAUCCAUUCUGUGGUGAAACAUUUCCACAAAAUCCACACCUCAGAGAGGGACACGGCUGAGCACCACAGCCCGGCGGAGGGGGCCACGCCCCACUUUGUCACCUGCACCGUGGAGCACGACUCCAUCCGUCUGCCCCUGGAGCACCUGGUCAAGGAGCACGUGGCCGAAAGGAAUGAAGUACAAAGUAGAGGUUUUCCCCUGCUGCCCCGAGUCCUUCUCCUCAGAGCGGUCACCUUUGUCCCAGUGUCCAAGGUGAAUGGGCAGGCAGAGGUCGACGACAUCCUGGCAGCCGUCCGCCCCACCACCUGCCUUGUGACCAUCAUGCUGGCCAACAAUGAGACCGGCGUCAUCAUGCCGGUCCCUGAAAUCAGUCAGCGGAUUAAAGCCCUGAACCAGAGGCGGGCGGCGGCCGGGCUGCCCCUCAUCCUUCUGCACACAGACGCCGCGCAGGCCUUGGGGAAAACGCGUGUGGACGUGGAGGACCUGGGCGUGGACUUCCUGACCAUCGUGGGGCACAAGUUCUAUGGUCCCAGGAUUGGAGCACUUUACGUCCGAGGGCUCGGUGAACUCACCCCUCUGUAUCCCAUGCUGUUUGGAGGUGGACAAGAACGGAAUUUCAGGCCAGGGACAGAGAACACCCCGAUGAUUGCUGGCCUCGGGAAGGCCGCUGAGCUGGUGGCGGAGAACUGCGAGGCUUACGAGGCCCACAUGAGAGAUGUGCGUGACUACCUGGAGCAGAGGCUGCUGGCUGAAUUUGAUAAGAAAAUCCAUCUGAACAGCCAGUUUCCAGGGACUGAGCGACUCCCCAACACGUGUAACUUUUCCAUCCGGGGACCCCAGCUCCAAGGCCGCUUGGUGCUGGCUCAGUGCAGGACGCUGCUGGCUAGCGUGGGGGCUGCAUGCCAUUCGGACCAUGGGGACCGGCCGUCCCCGGUGCUGCUGAGCUGCGGCAUCCCCUUCGACGUGGCCAGGAACGCGCUCCGGCUCAGCGUGGGCCGCAGCACCACCAGGGCCGAGGUGGACCUCGUCGUGCAGGACCUGAAGCAGGCCGUGGCCCGGCUGGAGGGCCAGGCCUAGAGCCCAGGGCACCUCGUAGGAAGCCCUCCCGAGGGCCGUGCCAGGACGACUCUUCCUAAUUCGUCCAAGUCUCCAUUUGUCCUGAGUGUCUGAGCGUGGUGACGGGGCAGUGUGUGCUCCCAGCUCCCUCUCCUGCACAUGGUUGGUGGAGAGUGGGUGCUGGGCACACAGACCCCGCGGGGGCUUCUUGGCCCAGGACACAAGCACCCACGUAGGACUGUCACUGUCACUACUGCCCAACGGUGUGGGUCGAAGUAGAUAGAAACGCUUCGGCUGUGUCCACGCUCCCCUCUGGGAAGUGGGGAGAGCCUGUUGUGAACGCCCCCUUCCUGGAAGGUGGCAUUUUUAUCCAGAAGAUAAAAUCCUGGUAUUUAUAAUCCAUUGUCAGUUGCUAUCAUGAAAAUAGGAACCCUGAUAUUUUGCUGCGAUCAUGGCCUCCCCAUCCGUGUUUGCAGAGCAGUGGGUCGACCCUGCGUUCUCCCCCACCCUCAGGGCCCUGCUUAAGCCCUUUCCAGAUGGGUGGGGUCACGUCAAUGGGCUGCUCCCUGCUUGGCCCCCACUUCCGUGCCCGGCCCCGUCCCCCUGAUGAGGACACUGUGCCCACCCCUCCCACAGUCAGUGGCCCCUCCGGCCUCUUCCCCUUUGAUCUGUUGCUCAGGGUUUCAGCUCAGACGUCCGCUGCGUCUCGGGGCGGCCAGCACGUGUGCAGCUCUGGGUCGGCCCUGAGGUGGGAAAUCAGCUCCUCCCCACCUCAGCUUUCAUCUGCAUUUUAUUCACAGAAGGAUCUUUCAUCUCCACAAGUGCUUUGUGGCCUCACACGUCAUGUCUUAGGAGAUGUUUACAUAGGAAUGAUUUUUAAUUGAACAGCACUUUUAGUGUGUGGUUUUGAGGUGCAAAGAACUACACCAUGGCAUUGAGGAAACGUGCGUCAGAAAUUCAAUGAACUGAUAAACAAUUUCAGUGCUCA